GACACCUACCAUUGGCAAGAGUUAUUUAGCUCGUUAAUGGCUUUAUUUUUAUCCAAUCUGACCGGCAUUUAUACGCACUGGCCCAAAGAGAAGGCACAACGUAAAGCUUUCAUUGAGACACGUCAAUGUAUAGAGGCUCGUUUGCGUACGCAACGUGAAAAUCAGCAACAGGAACGUCUUUUAUUAUCGGUUUUACCGCGACACGUUGCCAUGGAAAUGAAAGAUGAUAUCGCAGGACAACCGCGUGAUACACAAUUUCACAAGAUCUAUAUACAAAGGCACGAGAAUGUAAGCAUUUUAUUCGCUGAUAUUUGCGGUUUUACAAGUCUGUCAGAUCAAUGUACGGCCGAGGAAUUGGUGCGUCUGUUAAAUGAGCUGUUCGCCAGAUUUGAUCGAUUGGCCGCCGAACAUCAUUGUUUACGUAUUAAAUUAUUGGGUGAUUGUUAUUAUUGUGUCUCAGGGUUACCAGAACCUAGACCGGAUCAUGCUCAUUGUGCUGUUGAAAUGGGAUUGGAUAUGAUUGAUGCGAUAGC